AUGAAUGGAGCAGUGGGCCCCAGCGUGAACAUCAACUGCGGCUCCUGUGAGCGAUUAAUCAACGUGGAUUGGAAUGUCAUUCCCAAACUUCUCAGUUCAAAAUACUUCAGAUGCCCAUCCUGCAAGGUUCCCCAGAAUAUAGAUUCGGAGGAAUUCUCGCGGAGUGUGCAAGAUCUACUGGCGGUGCACAUGGCACCCUCAGCUCAGCCCACGGUGCCACAAGUGCCAACUCCAGCACUCCAACCUCCAGCGCGAGUUCUUGGAAACGGAAGCAACCUGCGUGAGGGACAAGGCUCACAGGAUUUGCAUGUGGGAACAAAACGGAAGGCGCCAUACAACUACCCGUCUGCCCCAUACACAAAACGCUCCAACUACAUGCAUGGCCUUCCCAGGUGGAGCGACACAAGUGGGUCUCAGAAGGGUAACUUUGGAAGCCAGGGCACCUGGACAAUGGGUCACUUGCCCCAAGGUCUGUCCACUCUGGAAAAUAGCCAACGAAUUCUUGGAGGUGCUUUGGAACAAUUCCAAUUUCCUCCUGGCACCGUGCCUGCUGGUGUGGCAUGGCUGCCACCCAGUGUCCCUGGAGCACCUGGCACCCACCCUGCAGAGGAAGAAGAGGAGGAAGAGGAUGGGGAGGGUCAAGCAGGGGACACUUUUCAGGAGUACACCCCAUCCAAGUGCAAAGUGGGUGUGCCACACCCUGACCCUGUUGUGGAAUCUUCCUCACUUGCUGCUGCUGAACCACCAGACAUCACGCACAAACUUAGAAUGCAGGAUGCGGUAUCGAAAGGUGUUCUGUCAUCGCUACAAUUGGAGACCAUCUGCUAUGCUUGUCAAUGCCAUGAUCGCAUCCUUCCUGACAAGAGGCGAGCAGGAUUCUUCAUUGGUGAUGGUGCGGGCGUGGGAAAGGGCCGCACGAUCGCUGGAAUGAUCCUUGAGAACUGGAAGGCUGGCCGUAAGCGCCACGUGUGGGUAUCCAUCAGUGCUGACUUGAAGCAUGAUGCAAGGAGGGAUCUCGAUGAUGUACAUGCCAGUGACAUCCAUCUCAGCGCACUGUCUAAAAUGCCAUAUGGCAAGCUGAAAUUGAGUAAUGGAAAGACUUUGGUGGAAGGGGUGAUGUUUGUGACCUACUCGACGCUGAUUGCAGCCAAUGACAAGGGACACACUCGACUGAAGCAACUGCUGGACUGGUGUGGUGAGGGCUUCGAUGGGCUCAUUGUCUUUGACGAGUGCCACAAGGCAAAAAAUCUGGUUCCGAAAAUGAUGGACAAGUCCACGAAGACAGGGAAGGCCGUCUUGAGGCUGCAGCAGGACCUACCCGAUGGCCGUGUAGUGUACUGCAGUGCCACAGGGGCAUCUGAACUGAAGAACAUGGGAUACAUGGUCCGUCUUGGGCUCUGGGGCCCGGCAUCACCCUCUUUUCCGGACUUCCACUCGUUUGUAAAGGCUGUGGGCUCUCGCGGUGUUGGCGCCCUUGAACUCGUCGCGAUGGACAUGAAAUCGAGGGGCAUGUAUCUCUGCCGCACGCUGAGUUUUGCUCAGGCCGAGUUUGAGAUUUGUGAAGUUGACUUGGAGGAGGAUAUGAAGGAUGUGUAUAGAAAGUCCUGUGAGCUGGUGAGUGGACUGUACAAGGAAUUUCUGUACGCCAUCGACCGCUACCAACAGCCAACAGGGAAUAACAUUGAGGACAAGAACCGGAAAUUCAACUGGUCUUUCUUUUGGGGAGCUCAUCAGAGGUUCUUCAAGAGCCUGUGCAUGGCGGCAAAAGUCCCAGCCACAGUCCGGCUGGCAGAGAAGGCACUGAAGGAUGGCAAAUGCGUCAUCAUCGGCCUGCAGUCCACUGGAGAGGCACGCACUUCAGACAUUGUUAAUGAGAGGGGCACUGAACUGGAAGAUUUUGCAGGCAUGAAAGAAAUCUUGUGCAAGUUCAUUGAGAAUCACUAUCCCCUGCCAGCGUUGGAGGGAACACAAGAAAUGGCAGCCCUUGAGGACGUUGAUGAAGAUGAAGAGAUUGCAAAGCAGUCCAUUGUGACCACCAGCAGGACAAGCUCCAGCAGCGAUGAAGGCAGUGCAGAGGGUGACAAGGCACCAAAGCGACGACAGCACAAGCGCACACGGCGCAUUGACAACAAACAAGUCAAUUACAAAGAAGAGUCAUCUUCUGGAGAGAGCACUUCCUCAGGGGAGACGUCUCCUCAACGAACAGAAAAGUACUGGUUGGUUGGUAGCAGUCAGCAUCGACCACAGGCUAGUUCGUCCACCUCGUCUGACAACGAUGAUGACCCAAGUUUUAAUGAGUCAGCAACAAGCUCAGAGGAGAGCAGUUCAUCGUCAGAAUCAUUGGAAGAUGAAGCCAGAGGUUCAGGUUCAGAAGCAUCCAGUAGCAGAGCUGCAAUUGUGCUUGGCAGCAACAACCGUUCUCAACACCCUUCUCAGACUGGCAGUGACGUGAUUGAAAUUGAUGUGGACGAAGAACAUGGCAGAAAGCAGAGUGAAUGCCAACUGCGGGAUGAGCGCAGCCAAAAUUCGAAGAAUGCACAUCAAGAGGCUCUCCUUGCAGAGGCCAUGGAGAGGAAAAAGAAGCUGCUGGAAACUGUUGAGCGCAUUGAGAUGCCCGUGAACCCGUUGGACGAGCUUAUAGACCAGCUGGGUGGGCCCAGCAAGGUUGCUGAGAUGACAGGCAGGAAGUGCCGUCUAGUGCGCAACAAAGAUGGGCAAAGGAAGGGAAAGGUGACAUACCAGUCCCGUGGCAUGGAGUCGGGUGAGUCCCUGGAGAACGUCAAUGUGGCAGAGCAACAGGCAUUUAUGAAUGGCCGAAAGCUGGUGGCCAUUAUCUCGGAUGCUGCUUCUGCUGGAAUAUCGCUGCAAGCUGAUAGGCGUUGUAAGAAUCAACGCCGAAGGGUGCAUCUAACUCUGGAGCUGCCAUGGAGUGCUGAGAAGGCCAUCCAGCAGUUUGGCCGGUCGCACCGGUCUAACCAAGUCAGCUGUCCACAGUACAAGCUGUUGUUCACUCCCCUUGGUGGAGAAAAGAGAUUUGUCGCAUCAGUGGCUCGUCGUCUGCAGAGUUUGGGAGCAUUGACACAAGGGGACCGCCGGGCUGGUGUCUCAUUCGAAAUAUGUGACUUCAAUUAUGACAGCACAUGGGGCAGGCGGGCCCUGAAUGCAAUGUAUAUGGCGCUUAUGGAAGAAUCCCAUCCCAUUGUGGUCCCAUCGUGUGCGACGAACAGCGAAGGUGGACCUACUGCAAGGUACCCCACUCUCGAACGGUUCAGGUCAGAGAUGAGGCGCCAGCUCUUCAGCGUUGGGAUCAUCAAACCUAGGCCCAGGAUGAAUGAGCAGCCGGCAGUAUUGCUCAGGGACAUCGGCGAGAGGAACAGAGAACCUGAUCCGGAGUUUGGCUGCAUCCCCGAUCCUGAUCGCACCAAUGUAACCCAUUUCCUCAACCGUCUGCUGGGGAUUGUACCCACUUUCCAGUCUGAGCUGUUCAGCUGGUACCAGGAGCACCUGGACAUCAUCGUCAAUGGUGCAAAGAAGGAAGGUCGCUAUGAUACUGGCAUCGUCGAUGUGCAGGCCACAUGCCUGGAACUGCAGGGCGACCCAGAGACUGUCUUUGUGGAUGAGCUCUCCAAUGGAAGGACGCUGCACUACAGGGUGCACAUGGACCGUGGCGUGAGCUGGGAGGAUGCUGUCAAAAUGCUGAAAGAACACAAAAAGACCACUGCCACAGCAGACGAUGGCCGCAGCGGCUUCUACCGCAACAAGCCCGGUGGGCACAGGGUACUCCAUGUAGUGCUCGCACUGUAUGAUGCAGACAGCAGCAUGCCAAGGUUAAAAAUGAUCCGCCCUCUCACUGGGAUUGCUCACAAACCAUGGAAGUCUUCCGAAUUGAAGCAGAGGUACAUACCCUUGGAGAACGAUGAAACGGCCGAGGAACUGUGGAAUGAUGUGUAUAAGUCGGCGGGAAGGCAGAAAUUCCGAAUCAAGCAGCUCCAUGUUCUGGGUGGCGUGGUCCUGCCGAUUUGGGGCGUGAUCGAUCAAGCACUCACGGAACAGGCUAGGGAGCACGACAAAAUGCUUCGUGUGGUGCGCCUGCAAAUGACCAAUAGCACUCAGCGCCUGGUUGGUGUACAUGUUCCGGAAGAUGCGAUGAAGAUGGUUCUGAAAGGGCUUGAGGAGUUGAAGGCGACCACUUGCGACGAAGCCCCCAACGGCGGGGGGGAUGCAACUUUGGGAAGGACGGGAAGGGCAUUUGAUCAAGAUUUGAUCGAAAUUCUUGACGAUUGA